UUCAAAGAAAGCAGCCCAAAUAAAGGGCCAACCCACCAUCUGAUACAAUCAAUCCCAAAGCCCAACCCACUAAGUUACAAAAAAAGGGAAAUUAAUUAAAUUUAAAUACUACGUAUAACAACUCACGCGCCUCUACAAAUCACGUGUUUCACCGGCUUUCUCUCUCACACACUAAAACAACAAAUACACACUCAAAAGAAAGCGCAUCACACUGAAUCACACUUUCCGUUAACGCGCCACCCAUGACGGCGGCGAAACCACCGCAAUCAUCAUCUUCUUCAUCAAUGGUCACCAUUAGAGGAUCUCUGCUAACCCUAGCUAUUCUCACUCUCAUCUCCUUCACUUUUCUCUCUCUUAAAUCUCUCCAUUCUCCUUCCUCCUCUCCUCCCACCACGGUUCUGAAUGUGGUGGAGGAGAGAGAAGAGGCGUCGGAAGCGUAUCAUUCUUCGGAGAUCUUUAGGUUGAAUUACGAGGAAAUGGAGAGGAAGUUUAAGGUUUAUAUUUACCCUGAUGGUGAUCCGAAUACGUUUUAUCAAACUCCGAGGAAGCUCACUGGGAAGUACUCCAGUGAAGGUUACUUCUUCCAGAAUAUUCGAGAGAGUGGGUUUCGUACUCAAGAUCCUGAUGAAGCUCAUCUCUUCUUUAUUCCUAUUUCCUGCCAUAAGAUGCGUGGCAAGGGGACUUCAUAUGAAAACAUGACUAUAAUUGUCAAGGACUAUGUUGAGGGCUUAAUAGCCAAGUAUCCUUACUGGAAUAGAACGUUGGGAGCUGAUCACUUUUUGGUUACUUGUCAUGAUGUUGGAGUGAGAGCAUUUGAAGGGUUGCCAUUUCUUAUAAAGAAUUCUAUUCGAGUAGUGUGCUCCCCAAGUUAUGAUGUAGGGUUCAUCCCUCACAAAGAUGUUGCUUUGCCACAAGUACUACAGCCCUUUGCUCUUCCUGCUGGAGGAAACGACAUGGAAAACAGGACAAACCUUGGAUUUUGGGCAGGCCAUCGGAACUCUAAAAUUAGAGUCAUAUUGGCCAGAGUCUGGGAGAAUGACACAGAACUUGAUAUAUCUAACAACAGAAUAAAUAGGGCUAUUGGGCCUUUGGUAUAUCAGAAGAGGUUUUACAGGAAUAAGUUUUGCAUAUGCCCUGGUGGCUCUCAAGUUAACAGUGCUCGUAUAACAGACUCAAUCCAUUAUGGAUGUGUUCCUGUAAUAAUAUCAGAUUACUACGAUCUGCCUUUUAACGACAUUCUUGAUUGGCGAAAAUUUGCUGUUGUGCUGAGGGAGAGGGAUGUCUACCAUCUCAAGCAAAUUCUUAAGGCCAUUACAGACGCAGAAUUUAAACGGCUUCAUGAGAAUUUGGUCAAGGUACAAAAGCAUUUUCAAUGGAACACCCCUCCUAUAAAGUAUGAUGCUUUUCAUAUGGUUAUGUAUGAACUCUGGCUGCGGCACCACGUUAUCAAGUACUGAGUUUUUUUUUUGACACGUUAUAAAGUAUUUCUUUCACCUCCUGUUUGUACACUCAAUAGAUACCAGACCAGUCUCGAAGAUCAAAGGAAAGUGAUGCCUAACUGCCAUGCCUACCAAUUCUGUAGCUCUGUAAAUUAUGACCUACUGUUUUGUCAUGCAACAAUACUCUUUCCUAUAUGUAGGAUAUGUCAAAAUUUAAAAGUUUAUGGCGCUGUCCAUUCAUUUUGUAAUCCUUUUUUCAUCUUUAAUCUUUUUGCUCCAUUUCUAGCCUGAUUAUAAUCUCAUUCUGAACCAUCUAGCUGCGCGAAUUUCUACAAUCUCAUACUUGCUUGAAGUUAUCAGAUUAAAUGCAGGAGUGACAUUCAGACUGGCUAAGUGGCUAGUUACCCUUAUACAAGCUGUUUUCCUUGUGUGCUUAGACCGGUGGACUGUCAGGGAUGAUUACUAGUUCACUACUGUUACUACUAUUAUUGUACAAAUUUUCAAGCUUGUAACAUAAAAAGCUCUAAUCUGUAUCCUGAUACUGCUACGCUCACUUAAGUUUCCUAUUUGGAAAAUUGGAUCUCAUUUCCUUGA